GAAUUUUGCAGAAAACUGCUCUGCAUUUGAGCAAAUAGACUAAUAAAAUGGCAGUGCUUAAGCUCCCAGUUGCAGUAACGUGCGGAAGAACUAGUGGUACAGAAUGUUCAGCAAGAAGAACCUUAAACAAACCCUUUUUAAUUAAGACUUCAACAUGGAACAAUUAUCUUGGAUCAAGAUCUACCAAGAGGUCUAAAUUGAACAAUGUUAUUAGAAAUUGUGGGUUAUCCAGUGAUGACCAAGCUGUUGAUUACAACUUAGAUUCUUCUAAUCUUGAAGAGAAAUUUGGCUCAACCAGAGAUCGACUCUCAAAUCAAGGAGCUAUUGCAUUGUCAGGGACAUCUAUUGAUCUAUUGCCAACUCAGGAUGUACAAACUGAACUUAUAGUGCUUUCUUUGCCUGCUAUUGCUGGACAAGCAAUUGAACCAUUGGCACAACUAAUGGAGACAGCACAUAUUGGACGAAUGGGUGCAUUGGAGUUGGCAUCAGCUGGCAUUUCUGUAUCAAUCUUUAACAUAAUAUCAAAGGUGUUCAAUAUCCCUCUCCUGAGUGUGGCAACGUCAUUUGUGGCUGAAGACAUCUCUAAGUAUGCAGAUGAGGAUUCCGCAGCUGCUGAAAGAAAGGCACUUCCGUCUGUCUCCACUGCCUUAGUUUUAUCUGCUGGGAUUGGUUUGAUUGAAGCUGCAGCAAUGUAUCUCGGUUCUGGACCAUUUCUCAGCAUCAUGGGUUUAUCAACGGAUUCAACCAUGCGCAUUCCAGCGGAGCAUUUUCUUAAACUUAGAGCGCUUGGUGCUCCAGCUGUUGUGCUUUAUCUGGCUGUGCAAGGCAUCUUCCGUGGGUUUAAGGACACAAGGACCCCUGUAAUGUGCUUAGGAUUGGGGAAUCUGUCAGCUGUACUUUUCUUUCCCGUCUUCAUGUAUACUUUUCAGCUGGGCAUCACUGGUGCCGCCAUUUCUACUGUUGCAUCUCAAUAUAUUGUGGCCAUUUUGAUGUUAUGGAAGCUUAAUGAAAAGACGGUGUUGCUGCAGCCAAACAUCAGGAACUUGCAUUUUGGUGGCUAUUUAAAAUCGGGUGGUUUCCUUCUUGGGAGAACUCUAGCUGCUGUUCUUACAGUAACUUUGAGCACAUCAAUGGCGGCUCGAUUAGGAGCAAUACCCAUGGCUGCCCAUCAGAUAUGCUUGCAAGUGUGGUUGUCUGCCUCGCUACUGGCAGAUGCCCAAGCUGCAUCUGGUCAGGCUCUCAUUGCAAGUUCUUUUGCAAGGAAGGACUAUGGCAGAGUUAAGUUGAUCACACAUGUAGCUUUAAAGACAGGAUUAGCUACUGGAAUUUUGUUAGCCAUUAUAUUGGGUCUAUCCUUUCCAUCUUUCGCGAAGUGCUUUACAAAUGACUCUCAAGUGCUAGACAUUGUUAGAUCUGGUUUACUGUUUGUUAGUGCCAGUCAACCCCUUAAUGCUCUAGCCUAUAUUUUUGAUGGGCUACACUAUGGUGUUUCAGAUUUUCCUUAUGCAGCUAUCUCAAUGAUGAUCGUGGGUGCUCUCGCUUCAAUAUUUCUUAUUUAUGCUCCUCCUAUUAUUGGUCUUCCUGGUGUUUGGUCUGGUUUGACUAUUUUCAUGGGGUUGCGCUCAGUGGCUGGUUUCAUGAGAUUAUCAGCGAAAAAUGGUCCAUGGUGGUUCUUACAGGACUCACAAGAAAAUGAGGUUGCAUCAUCAUAGGACUGCUUUGAGAUUAGAGGCUACAGGCAUUUCAAAUGAAGUGAAAGCUUUUAGG